AUGCCUUUAGGUGUACCAUUAAAAAAAUAUCUAUUCAUUGUAUCUACAUCUUUUUUAUGUAUGGCAAUGGGUUCAUGUUGUGUGCAUCUAAUUAUGAAGCCAGAAAUGAAAGAAUAUGAUAUUUCGAAGCAUUUAGAAAAUAGAAAUAAUGCUAUCCAAGAAGUUCAAAAAGACAUUAUAAAAAAUAAAACAUAA